UAUACCUCCACAUCCGCACCACACACACGCACGCACACUACUCCAUGAUGACAUCUCACUCCGCCAGGAUCUCCCGAUAAAAAACUUCUCUUUCCCGUCUCGCCAUCCCCGUGACCGAAUCCACGAGCCGCCACCGCCAGUCGCUCUCUCUGGUGGGCGGCCGGGGAGAUGCGCCCCUAUAAAGCCCCUCCGCCUCCCUGCUCCCGCCACUGAGCGCCUCACCCGGCCUCCGUUCCGCCGCCUGGGCUCCCGCUCGCCCGCGGCGUCACAGGAUGGCCGCGUGCGCCAGGGGGCUCGUGGCGCCGCCCUUCGAUCUGGCCGCCAGUCGGCCGGGGAAGUUGGGUGCGGGGCCCUGGCCGCGCCCCGCGCGUGGCCCCGCGCGCGCGAUCCGCUGCUGCUGCUACGCCCGCCCGGAGCCCACGCCGCCGCGGAGGCUGCUGCUCUCCGCCAAGGCGUCUGCCGCCGCGUCUGUCGACGGGAGCAAGCCCAUUGCCCGGGGACGCCGCCGCGUCGGCCUCACCGUCACGCCCUCACUCACAUUCCCCUCCUCCCGUUCUAGAAGGCAGCCCAAGCAGAAUGAUUUCUAUCCGCGGUGCACGCCGAGAGGGCCGGCUCCCCAGUCCCGCGACACCCCGCCCAAGAGAGACACUGGCAUUGCUAGUGAGAAGGAGUGGGGAAUCAACCUGCUGGAUGAAGCGGUCAAGGAGUCUGGCACCAACGAAGAUGGAAGCACCUGGUACAGGGAGAGCGGCGAAGAUCUUGGUGAGAAUGGGUACCGUUGCCGCUGGGCUAGGAUGGGUGGACAGACUCAUGAUGGUUCCACUGAGUGGAAAGAGACUUGGUGGGAGAAAAGUGAUUGGACUGGAUACAAAGAGCUAGGUGCGGAAAAAUCUGGGAAGAAUGCUGACGGUGAUUCUUGGUGGGAGAAGUGGAAAGAAGUUCUGCACCAAGACGAAUGGAGCAAUCUUGCAAGACUCGAGAAGAGCGCAGAGAAACAAGCCAAGUCAGGGACAGAAAAUGCUGGGUGGUAUGAAAAGUGGUGGGAAAAAUAUGAUGCCAAGGGCUGGACAGAAAAAGGUGCGCAUAAAUACGGAAGGUUAAAUGAGCAGUCCUGGUGGGAGAGGUGGGGUGAACAUUAUGAUGGUCGUGGCUCUGUAUUGAAAUGGACAGAUAAGUGGGCAGAGACAGACUUAGGCACCAGAUGGGGAGAUAAAUGGGAAGAGAAAUUCUUUGCCGGAAUUGGUUCACGACAAGGGGAGACAUGGCAUGCUUCUCCUGGCGGUGACCGCUGGUCAAGGACUUGGGGAGAAGAGCACUUUGGCAAUGGGAAAGUUCACAAGUACGGGAAGAGCACAACCGGCGAGAGCUGGGAUUUAGUCGUAGACGAGGAGACGUACUACGAGGCGGACCCUCACUACGGGUGGGCCGACGUCGUCGGGGACUCGUCGCAGCUGCUGUCGAUACAGCCGGUGGAGAGGCCGCCCGGGCUUUGGGUGAUGUGGACGGCAGUGGCGUCCGGCGUGGAGACGUCGAGCUCACUCCAGGGCGUUGCCGUUGGGAACCGUCUCACCCAGCCGUAUGAUAUGGUCUUGGCCGCCGGCCCGCCGUUCAAACUUGGAAGUCCACACCACGUUGACCCUGUUUUUCUGCUCGAGACGAAGCGCGUCGCCGCCAAGCAGACCGUCCGCAUCCCCUUCCGCUGCCUCUGCGCCGGCAACGGCGUCGGCCAGUCGGACCACGCGCCCGUCUACACCGUGCAGCCGCAGGACGGGCUGUACGCCAUCGCCCGCGACUCCUUCGACGCCGUCGUCACCUACCAGGAGAUCGCCACCGCCAACAAGAUCGCCGACGUCAACCUCAUCACCGUCGGCCAGAAGCUCUGGAUCCCGCUGCCCUGCAGCUGCGACCCCGUGGACGGCGCCGCCGCCGUCUUCCACCUCGCCUACAUCGUCGACGGCGGGGAGACCACCUCCGGCAUCGCCGCCACCUUCGGCGUCACCGAGGACACGCUGCUCAAGCUCAACAAGAUCGCCGACCCCAAGACACUGCAGAAGGACCAGGUUCUUGAUGUCCCGCUCCCUGUUUGCAGCUCAUCAAUCAGCAACACCUCGGAUGAUCAUGAUCUGCGCCUCCCGAACGGCACCUACACGCUCACCGCGCAGGACUGCAUCCAGUGCCGCUGCAGUUCAAACACCUUCCAGCUAAAUUGCACCGCAGUGCAAGGAAAAAAGGGAUGCCCAGCAGUGCCGCCGUGCAGCGAAGGGCUCAAUCUUGGGCAGACAAGUGGUGCCGGUUGCGACUUCAAGAUGUGCGCUUACAGUGGUUAUUCCAACAGCUCUUCACUCAGCAUACAGACCACUCUUUUCAAAAACCAGACAGCACCAGCUUGCGAGAAAGCAGGAUCUUUGAGGUCGGCGUUCGCAGGGUCCAUGUGGAGGAUAUCUGCUAUCUCCUUCCACAUGGUGUUGAUCUUGGUAUGCUUCCUUUGAUACUGAAGACGCCCACUCUAGCUGGUAUAUAUAUCUUGAAAAAAAAAAACUCAUGAUAGCAUAUCAAUUUGUCGAUCGAUGUGAUUGUUGUUGCUGUUGUAACUUGAAUUCCGAUGGCCGGUUUGUCGAGCUUUUCGUUUUGACUAUUCUUCUAGAGAAUGAGUGGCACUAGCUGCCUGAAUAAAGCAAUGAUAUGCGUAAGGUUUGCAUCUGGAAAUGAAUUGUACUCAUUAGAUUGGGCAAUUGCAAUAAAAUGUUACAAGAUACAA